CGGCACUCUGAGCUGAGUCAGGUCGGCCGGAGCAGGUCACAUCUAAAUUUAACCCAGACAGCUUGGGAAAGAGAAAACACACGGGCUGCAGGCCGGAGUGCUCAAGGGCGCGCGUUUAAAACCUCAGAAAUGGAUGACUUUGACGAGGACCUUUGUGAGAUUGCCAUUCAAGAGAGCAUUCAAGAUGCCUACAAACUGCCAGGUUCAAUACAAACAAACAGGAAACUCACAAACAGUGACCACUUUAUGAAGAUAAUGGCAGCCAUUCACACUGGUGAUGUGUACGCGCUGAUGGAGCUGUCAACUUGUGCGUCUGCCUUCAGAGAGAGUGACAGCAGGGGUCGGCUGCCUGUGCACCCAGCAGCUGUGCACCCAAACCCAGACAUCCUGCAUAUAGUGCUGAAGGCAGUGGGAUCCACAGACCCGACGCUGGAGAUGCCGACAGAGGAAGGGGAAACGCCUCUGACUCUGGCAGCAGAGGCUGGUCUGGUAGAAAACGUCAGGAUGCUGCUGCAGUAUGGAGCUUCACCACACGGCACCAAUAGCAUGAACGAGACUCCUCUGCUGAUCGCAGUGAGACAGAAAUCAUACGACAUGGUUUCCACCAUCAUCAUAGUCGGGGCCUUUGUGGAGCAGGUGUGUCUCACUAAGUGGACAGCCACCCACGAAGCUGCAAAGGUGGGUUGUCCAGCUAUUCUGAAUCUGCUGCUUCGACACGGGGCCAAAGUAACAACCACAGACGCGAACGGAGUGGCUCCUCUGGGGAUUGCAGCUAAAUAUGGCAACCAUGAGGCUAUGGAGAUCAUCAUAGAGGAGGGGGGUGAUGUGAGUGCCCAGGCCACUAAUGGAGACACUGUCCUGUAUGACGCAGCUGGUUCUGGAAACCUGGACUGUGUCAUGCUGCUCCUGGCGCAAGGAGCCAACUCGAAUGUAGCCAGUAACGCCUUCCAGCUGCCCAUCCACCGAGCUGCAUAUGAGGGACAUAUACUAGUCUUGAAGACCCUCAUAUUCACCACCACAAAGAGAGCUAUCGUUUCCUCAGGCCAGAGCCCUGUCCACUCAGCAGCUGAUGGGGGACAGGUCGAGUGUCUGAGGCUGCUUAUCCAGACAGGAUAUGAUGUCAACGCCUUGCUAGGCCCACACAUCUCUGAAAACUACGUCGACCUCAGGCAGACUGCUCUGUUCUUUGCUGUUUCCAACGGUGAUAUCACUUGUGCUGAGGUGUUGCUGGCAGCUGGAGCGAACACUGAACUGGACCCAUUACGAUGCAUUGUGGUCGCCAUACGCGCUGAGAGGUAUGAUCUGGCGCAGCUGCUGCUGUCCUACGGAGCAGAAGUCAAUUGUUACUUCAGCGUGAUCAGCAAAACAGUGUUCCCCACUUGCCUGCAGUACGUCCUGAGGGACCACGACAUGCUGCGACUCAUGCUCAACCAUGGAUAUCAAGUUAACAAGUGUUUCCAUUGUUGCCAUGGUAAUGGGGACGAAAUGGACAGUAGCUGGGUUGAAGUCCACAACAAAGCCUACCAGAUUUACUGUGAACCUGACGCUGUCCCAUUCUGUGAGUUUAUAUCAGUGUUGUGGCUCACACACUUGGCCGGCAGUGUCGUAAGGAUCCUCCUAGACUACGUCAUCCAUGUCAACAUCUGUCCCGUCCUCAAACGUGCUCUGGAGACUACGCCCGAGUGGGACGAGAUAUCUGAGAUACUGAGCAAUCCACGGCCUCUGCAGCACUUGUGCCGACAGUUAAUUAGAAGUCGCACGAGCCUCAGGACGCUGAAUGACCCCAAAGCUAAAACCCCUUUUCCUCCAAGACUGAAGAACUACCUGACUUACAUGGAGUAAAACUGAAUGGUGACCUCUCCUCCAUGUGAAACACACUUUAUUUAUAGCCGUGUGAUUGAAACACUAAUGAAAAAGCACUAGUCACUCUUUAAAAAUUAGCCAAUAGCAAAAUAUUUUCUCUUUAAGUAUUUUUUUUUACUUCAUUUGUUUAUAGGUUUUAUUUAUUAGGACCUGGCGUGUGUGUGUGACUGUCUAUGAUUUAUUUUAUGUGUCACAGAGGAGGAAUGUUUCCCUUCGGGGUUAAAAUGUCUCUUUUCUUCAUGGAGUCUACUUAUUUUGCAUUUAAAUAGCACAUUCUAUCUUCUUUUACUAAUGUAUAAGCAGACAAUCAGCUAUGAAAUCCAUCCUAGUUUAACCCUGAACAGGUGCCUUAAACACAAACUAACAAUUAUGUGUUGCCCUUUUGCCCUCUUUCUAUUUUUAUUAUUGAUGUCUUUGAAAUCAA